UCUGAUUGGCUGAACACAAGUGAUUAAUCACAUGACCACAUGAGAUGAAUGUCACUCUGUGUGAGUUCACUUUAGUUAUUCGCACAUACUUGAUAAGCGCAGGCUCUGGUCACUUGGUGGCAGUAUCUGCUCUGUGAUCUUGAUGAUUCACUCAAUAUUUGCUUUUCCUCUGGAUUCUCCACUUGAACUUUGGAGCAGCAGAAAUGCUCACAUGAUGUGAAAGAGGAAGCAGCCAUGAUGUCCUCAGUUUCAUCAGUCUUAGCUGUAACAGAUACAACAAUGAGUCCAUCAGCAGAGUUAGAUAACAAACAAUCACACUCAGUUCAUGUUCAAACACACAGUGCAUGUGGGGGAAUGCAACUCUACACCUCUGUGUUCCUGGUUUGCAUCGUGGGCUCCACCCUGUGGCUUCUCUCUCCUCCAGGGGAGGGCAGUGAUUGUGCGUGUGGGUGUGGGUGUAUCUGUGCUGUUUGCUGGCCUGCCUGGUUGCUUGUGAGUGCUGAAGGGGCGGAGAGUUCUUAGACUGAAACUAUGGGCCUCGGUUCACAUCCUCGAGGUGUGGCUCUCCAGGCUCUUCACGGUGAUCCAGGAACUGACAAAAGUGGCUGAGCCAGUUAUUUUCAGAGAGCAUAAGAGAGUGGCAGUGCAGCCAGGCUUGUCAGAGAGAGACUGAAGAUAUGGCAGAUACAGCAACUGAAGCUCCCACCUCCACCCAGCAGCAGCAGCAGCAGCUGUGUGGCGUCUGCUCAGGUGUGCUGAGCGGAGACCAGCCGGCAGCCUGCGGUCACUCUGUUUGUGGCUCCUGUCUCGGGGAUAAAGGAUGUCCCAAGUGUCCUCAGGUCCCCGACAAGCCUGAACCGGCUGACGGCCCAAAACAGAACGGGACAGAGGCUCCUGUCAUCAAGAGCAAAGAGGAGCAGGACCCUAAGGGGGCAGAGGAGACCAAAAUCCAGGAAGACCUGAAGGAGUCUGAAGACCCCAAGAAGCCUGAGGAGGAGAAGAAAGAGGAGGACACACAGACGGACGGAGAGGUGAAGAAUGGAGCCGAAGAGCAGGUCAAGGAAGAGGAGGCGAAGGAGGAACCUUUGGGCCCCGACGACGUGGUGUGCGACUCGUGCAUCGAGAGCCCCUGCAGGGCCCUCAAGUCCUGCCUCACCUGCCUGGUGUCGUACUGUGAGGCCCACCUCCGGCCUCACCUGGAGAACCCAAAGUUCCAGAACCACCGGCUGGUGGAGCCGCUCCGGGACAUCGAGAGGCGGACCUGCGAGAGCCACAACUGGCCCCUGGAGCUGUUCUGCAUCGCUGACGCCUGCUGCCUCUGUCAGGACUGUGUGGCGGAGGAGCACAGGGGCCACAACACCGUCCCCGUGGUGGAGGCUCGCAGUCGGAUAGAGAAGGAACUGAGCGAGAAGCAGACUGAGAUGGUGAAGACGGUGACGGCAGCAGAGAACGCCAUCAACAAACUUCAACUCAACACCGUCUCUAUUGAGCAUUCGGUGACGGAGGUCCGAGCUGUGAUCGAGAGCCAGUUCGAGGAGCUGCAGGCGCUGGUGGAGAAGGCGAAGCGGGAGGUGACGGAGAUCCUGGAGGGCGAGGAGAAGCAGGCGCUGAGGCAGGCCGAUGGCAUCCAGGUUCACCUGGAGCAGAGGUGCACGGAGCUGAAGAAGACGCAAGGGCAGAUGGAGAAGCUCUCCAAGAACAAAAAUGAUGUGGAUUUCUUGCAGGAGUAUUCAGAGUGGAAGAAAGAAGCCACUGAUAUCUCUCUGCCCGGGGUCUAUAUUGGCCUGACGGACCGCCUGAAUUCCUUCAGCCGCGUGAUCGUGGACUCCACGCAGGAGCUGUGUGCCAUGCUUGUGUCUUCAUACAUAGAGAAAGUUAAAGAGACGUGCAAGAAUGACAAGAUGGGAAUAAAGACAACAGUUCAUGAAAUUGUUGCAGCAAAACACAACAUGUCUUUACCAGAUCCAGUGAAACAUGCCGACUUCCUCAAGUAUGCCGCCCACGUGAGUUUCGACGCUGAAACCGCUCACAAGUUCCUGCGGCUGACCGAAGAAAACAGGAAGGUGACUAACACCACACCCUGGCAGCACCCUUAUCCUGAAGUACCUGAGAGGUUUGAGAACUGGCGCCAAGUUCUGGCAACGGAGAGCUUCUACCUGGGGCGGCACUACUUUGAGACGGAUAUCAGCGGCGAGGGCACGCACGUCGGUCUGACCUACAAGAGCAUCGACCGCAAGGGCAACGAGAGCAACAGCUGCAUCACGGGAAACAACUUCUCCUGGUGUCUUCAGUGGAACGGCCGCACCUUCUCGGCCUGGCACAGCGACGUGGAGACACCUCUUAAUGUGGAGAAGUUCACUCGCAUCGGGGUUUACGUGGACUACUCGAGAGGCCUCCUGGCUUUCUACGGUGUGGACGACACCAUGACGCUCAUCCACGAGUACAAAGCAGACUUCCUGGAGCCUAUUUACCCGGCUUUCUGGUUGUCCAAGAAGGAGAAUAUUGUUGCUUUGGUGGCACCAGGGGAGCCAUUACGGCUCAAAAGCCCGUCUCCUCCCACCUCACCUUCAAACGGAGCGAUUGUUUCAAAGAUGCCAGCGUAGCAAUGAUUUGAAGUCACUUUUUUCCUGGAUCAUUUAAGCGACAAUUCACGUGAAACUACUGUCAUGAAAUGUUUGUCUCCCAACAUUAGACAUAUUAUCUGAAACUCUGAGGAAAUCAUAUGGAUAGUCUUCUCAUAUUAAACCUGUUUACAUCAGCCUGUUUUGUGGAACUAAUAUGAUAAAUUGUGAAUGUUUAACUUGUGUAUAUUUGGGCUCAAGUCAUAUUUAUACUCCUGUGUACCUUUGGGACUACUGUUACUUUUCAUCCCACUGUGAAUUCAGAGGUGUUCUAUAUUUUCUGUAUGCAAAUAAAAAUUUGAAUAUUCACUUGCAAAAA